AUGAGGCAUUUCAGCUCCAUUGUGGCACCUAUUACUGAAUGUUUGAAGAAAGGCAUAUUCAAUUGGGGAGAAGAGCAAGAAAAAAGUUUUGCUCUUGUGAAAGAAAAACUUUGUACCACUCCGGUUCUAGCUCUUCCAAAUUUUGAGAAGGUAUUCGAAGUUGAAUGUGAUGCCAGUGGCGUGGGAGUAGGAGCUGUGCUUUCUCAAGAGAAGAGACCAAAUGCUUUCUUUUCUGAAAAGUUGAGUGACGCUCAUCAAAAGUGGAAUCAUCAAGCUUUGAUGUAUAUUAAUAACCAGAAACAUAUUGAUAAAAUGCAUGCCAGAUUGGUGACUCUUUUUUUGCAGAAAUUUUCAUUCGUUAUCAAGCAUACUUCUGGUACCUUAAAUCGUGUGGCUGACGCACUGAGCAGAAGGGCUUCUUUGUUAGUUACUCUUACUCAAGAAAUUGUGGAGUUCGAGUGUUUGAGGGAUUUAUAUGAAGAUGAUGAUGAUUUAAAGGAAAUAUGGGCCAAAUGUGCUAAUCAUGAGCCAAUGGCAGAUUUCUUUUUUAAUGAAGGGUAUUUGUUCAAGGGCAACCAGUUAUGCAUUCUUGUUUCCUCCUUAAGGGAGAAGCUCAUUCGGGAUUUGCACGGAGGAGGGUUGAGUGGCCACUUAGGCCGCGAUAAAACAAUAGCAGGAUUGGAAAAAAAGAUUUUAUUGGCCACAGUUUCAAAGGGACAUGUACAAAACACUGGAUUAUACAUGCCUUUACCAGUUCUGAAUGAUAUAUGGCAGGAUCUUGCUAUGGAUUUUGUCAUUGGUUUGCCUCGAACGCAGAGAGGUGUGGAUUCAGUUUUUGUGGUUGUUGAUCGGUUCUCAAAAGUGGCGCAUUUCAUAACCUGCAAGAAGACUGCUGAUGUGUCCAAUAUAGCUAAGGUGUUUUUCAAGGAGGUUAUUCGCUUGCAUGGAGUACCUACAUCUAUAACUUCUAACUAUGAUACAAAAUUUUUGAGCCAUUUUGGGAUCACUUUGUGGAGAAUGUUUGGGGCUACUUUGAACCGUAGUAGCACUGCCCAUCCUCAAACUGACGGCCAGACUAAGGUUACCAAUCGAACUUUGAGAAAUACAGUGCGAAGCAUUUGCAGAGAGAAGCCUAAGCAAUGGGAUUAUGCACUGCCACAGGUGGAUUUUGCAUAUAACAGUGCAGUUCAUAGGGGAAAACUGGCUGAAGAAGUGGUGGAUAUUCGUGAUGAAGUGAAGCAAAAACUUGAACAAACUAAUGCUAAGUACAAAGCCGUUGCAGACAAACAUAGGCGAGUUAAGGUGUUUCAAGAAGGCGACUCUAUGAUGGUGUUUCUGAGGAAGGAGAGGUUCCUUGUUGGUACAUAUACCAAGCUAAAGCCUAAGAAAUAUGGUCCUUACAAGGUGUUGAAAAGAAUAAAUGACAAUGCCUAUAUUAUUGAAUUACCAGAUUCCAUGGGAAUUUCCAAUACUUUUAAUGUUGCUGAUUUGUAUGAGUUUCGUGAAGAUGAAACUCUUUAUCCUGAACAUAACUCGGGGUCGAGUUCUUCAGAGGUGGAGGGGACUGAUGUAGAACAAAUGGUUGAAUGGAUUGAAGAAGAACUGGAGCGAAGAAGGGAAAAAGGACAUAGCAGGAAUUUAAAGAUUUAG